CAGUGUUACUGCUGAGCGUCUCCCUUCUCUCUUCAUUGUUCCCAUGACCUGGCUCAGGCCUGACCACCCCAGGACCCCAGCAUGUGUGGGGAAGAAGACACCAGUAACCUAAAUACUAUCCAAAAUGAUUCUUGGACCUCUGAGAACUUCUGGCUUGACCCUUCUGCAAAAGGCCAACCGGAGACCAAUGCAGAGGAUGAUGAGCUUCGGAAAUCUCUGGAUACAUUCUAUGAAAUGUUCGGCCAUCCACAGCCAGCCUCUGGAAAUCCACUCUCUGCAUCUGUCUGCCAGUGCCUGUCUCAGAAAAUCAAUGAACUGAAGGACCAGGAGAACCAAAAGUAUGCCCUCCGCAGUUUUCAAAUGGCCCGGGUCAUUCUCAACCGGGAUGGCUGCUCAGUGUUACAGAGGCAUUCCAGGGACACCCGCUUCUACCCACUGGAUGAAGAAAGUGUGUCGCUGGAGGACAAAAAGCCAACCCCAGGACUUUCCAAAGAUAUUAUUCAUUUCCUCUUACAGCAGAAUGUGUUGAAAGACCUAUGACUGGUGCCUGGUGGUGAGAACAGGCCGAGUGGAUGUGGGGGCAGCCCUGUGGCGAUGCUAUUAGUGUACCACCCACAUCCCCUCAGGUCUCUCUGGCCCAGUUCUGUGUGGCCAGCCCUGGUCAAGUGCCCUGCAGUCAACAUCUGGCAUUUGUGACCACAUACUGGAGGCUGUUCAGCCCAUAGAAAGAGCCAUCAGUGUCUGGGAAUUUUCUAGCCCCUGUGGCCACACCUCCACCUACCAUUCCCCUUGGCCAGAGGCCCGUGACUGGUUUGGGAGUCCAGAAGCCCAGCUUCCUUGUCUCAAGGAAGGAAGUGCUCUGAGGCAUUACUAACUUUCCAGAGCUUUGCUCUUAAUUAAGCUGUCCUCCCCCUCCCUAGGAGCUUUUUCUUAAUCUUGUCUUGUGUCUUAGUCUUGUAUCUGAAUUCUUGACUGGGAGUCCACCUUGGAGAGAACCUGACGUAAGAGAACAGGCUUCCAUCAGAUGAAUUUUUUGAAGGGAAUAAGCUCUGUGCUAUCAAGUACAAGAAUUAUACCACAUUGUAAAACUGCAGCCAUGGAUCGUAUGUCCCAGAAUAAUACAAAGAUUUAAAUGCGUUUCCAAAACAGUGCAUCACAUCUUAGUCAUAUCCUUGCCUCUCCAAAUCCAGAAAAGCCUAUUUUAUAAGACUAAUUGAAAGUAGAAGGAUAUUUGGAUCUUCUAAAAUAACAGCUAAGAUUCCCAAAUUAAAGAAAGAAAUAAAAGAAAGUCUCUUGUCUCUACCCAUUAAAGUAUACAUAAACUUGGUCACAAUAGGUUAGGUGGAGUUUCAGGUGUACAACAUAGUGAUUAGACAUGUAUGUACGUUCUGAAGUGAUCCCUCAGUAAGUUCGGAACCCAUCUGACAUCAGACAAUAUUAUUGACUAUAUUCCUUGUGGCUGUAAUUUGCCAGUACGGGCUUGUGCUGGCAGAUGCUCUGCUUCCUGGUGGUGUCCUGAAUGCCCACUGGAGACUCAGUUGGUAGAUGCCAUCACCUGGCACCAUACUCCCUGAAACUGUUAUUGGAGGCCUCACACUAAUCCCUACCUUGACAGUUCUCCAAACAAACUGCAUUGACAGCAAAGGGUUAUAUCCCUUGUUUUGGGGGGGGACAACAAGAGAAAGAAGCUGGCAACAUGGGAGAACCAAUUUGGAGAAACUUUAGGUAAAAUCUAAUUGGCAUAAGACCCCCCUAGGCUUUCCAGAAACUGGAUUAUGCAAGUAGAUCAGUUUAAACAGGUACGUUCUGAGUGAAUGUGCCCUUACAGACAGGACUCUUGGGGAGUCUUGGAUAGAGAGAGAAGCCUUUUAAAGGUCAGGAAUUACAUACUAAGGCUUCCAGUUCUGGGAACAACAGACGUAAGAAACAGUUCCACAUUGAAGUGCAGAGGCACCACUGGAAAGGAACCUAUAUAGUAGGAAACAGGAAAUGAACAGACCUCUGAGAGACACUUGAGAAGUAAACCUCCAGAUUUCCCUCUGACCAGCAAUCUUUCACCAUGGGCCUCGCCUGUUCAACUGGCCCCCAAAGAGUCGUGAAAGCAGUGGAGCUUAUAAUUGAAAAUCUACAGAUUGAAUUUUAACGUCAAUAGUUUUAUUGGUUUUUAAUGUGAAGCAAAUUAAUAGAUGCCCUUGAAAGAAUGCUGUAGUCUUAGUAUUAUACAGUCACUGAAAUAUUGGAUGUUAGUUUCCAUGGCUACCAACAGAAAGAAACUGGAUUAUUAUAUACUGUUUUUAAAAGGACAAAAGACACAAGCUAUUUAAAUCUCCAUGUCCGGAAGCAGCAGCUUCUAUUUGGCAGUGACAUUUUAGUAUCAGUAAUUUUGUAAACUUUAUUAACAUCAGUGCUGUGGGCUCUGAGCUGGUGCUUAGGCUCUGAAAGCAGAGAAUUUCUAAGCCUAAAAGCCCAGAUCACCUGAUGGGAAAAAAAAGAGUGUGGUGUGUUCUUGUUUGUAUCUGAGUAAGUGCUUGUGACAGGUCAGUACAAGACAUUUGAUUCCCUGCAAUCUCGUGCUUAAUCAGAUAUUCCUGGGAUCAGGAUGGCAUUUCCCAUUUACCUCUGUUUACCUUUAAUAAAGACUAAGGGGUAAGGAUAUUGAGGCUCUGGCCUUUGGCAUUAUUGUGUAAUUCUGCCCUACAGAUCACCUCACUGACAUUUUAUCAUCCUGUGAAGGUUCUACUGGCCUAUAAUACCACCUGUGGCCCAAUCAGAGAUCUUGGGAGGAUGGAUUUGCUUGCAGUAACAUCAGAACUCCAGAGAAAAGAACUGCUACCUUGGUUUAAUUUUGCAUAACUGGUAUUCACUUCAUUAGUCUAUUUUUUUACAUGUCUAUGCAGGAUAAGUUUCAAGUGCAUUAAAUAUCUACCCACAUACAUUUAUAAGUUGGAGUUUUAAAUUACCGCAGACUUUCCUAACACAAUUUCUUUUAUUAAUAGAAAACAUACUUGAAUAUGAAAGAUAACUUUAUUGGCUCUUAAGUGGUAGAAUUAAUUAAACAAUCAAUGGAUCAUUAAUGAAUACUUACAAAUUGCCCUGGAUGAUGUGUAUAUGAGUACAAAUAAGCCCCGUAUACCCACUACUUAGAUUUUGUCAUUAACACUACUCUUUUAUUCUCUCGUCUAUCCAUUGAUCCACCAACCAAUCAAUCUUACCUGUUAAUGUAUUUCAAAGCAAGUCCCAUGUAUAUUUUUAACUAAUUUCCUGGGCAUUAUUGAACUUGUAUGGUGUGAGUUGUGAGUGGCCUACUGUUAGUUGUGUGCUGACAUUGGUCCAUAACUGAUUGGAAGUUAAAUACAAGUCUUUUGCUUCUGAUAACUUAACAAGCAAUGAUUUAGCACACACACAAAAUCAAGAGGUGGGGCGGAAUGAUGAAAAAAAUAGUAGAAAGUUGAUGGCUAUUGAAGCUGGGUGAUGGGCAGGUAUCACAAUUCUCUACUUUUAUGAAAGUUUUUAAAUAUACAUCCUGAGAAAGAGAAAGAAAUUGGAAAUCUAUUUGAAAAAAUAAUGAAAGAAAACUUCCCUGAUUUGAUGAAGGAAAUAGACAUGCAAGUCCAGGAAGCAGAGAUUCCCAAAUAAGAUGGACGCAAAGAGGCCCACACUAGGACACAUUAUAACUAAAGUGCCAAAGGUAAAAGACAAAGAGAAUCUUAAAAGCAGCAAGAGAAAAGCAGUUAGUUACCUACAGGAGAGUCUCUAUAAUAUUGUCAGCUGAUUUCUCAAAAGAAACUUUGCAGACUAGAAGGCAUUGGCAAGAAAUAUUCAAAGUCAUGAAAAGCGGGGACCUAUAGCCAAGAUUGCUCUACCCAGCAAAGCUGUCAUUUAGAAUCAAAGGUCAGGUGAACAGCUUCCUAGACAAGAAAAAACUAAAAGUGUUCAUCAUCACCAAACCAUUAUUAAAUGAAAUGUUAAAGGGAUUUAUUUAAGAAAAAGAUAAAAACUAUGAGCAUUAAAAUGGCAAUAAAUAUGUAUUAAUCAACAGUUGAAUCUAAAGAACAAACUAAACAGAUAAGAACAGAGAUAAUCAUGGAUAUGGAGAACACUUUGAUACUUGCCAGAUGGGAAGGGGUUGUGGGGGAAUGGGUGAAGAGGUGAGGGGAUUAAAAAGUGCAAAUACAAAUAAGUAAUCACAAAAUAUCCAUGGGAAUGUAAAAUGCAGCAUGGGAAAGAGAGUAGCCAAAGAACUUGGGUGCAUGACAUAUGGACAUGAACAAUGGUGUGGGGAUUGCCUGAGGGAGUAGGGGGUCAAAGGGAGAAAAAUUGGGACAACUGUAAUAGCAUAAUUGAUAAGAUAUACUUAAAAAAAUUAUUAACCAAAAAACUACAUCCUUUGGUUUAUCAAGUUAAAAAACCCUCAGCCUGUCCAUGGAGAUAUUUUAAGUAUAUACCUUUUCAAUGCAUAUAUUUAUAUCUGAACAUACAGUAUAUCUGUGUUUUUCAAAUAAAAUAAUAUAGAAAUGACACAUAGAAACACAGUUCAUACAGAGAUUUUAUGUAAUGGUUCAAGUAAAACUAUUUUACAGAAGAAGUCUUAGGUAAACAAACAGUAAUUUGCUGGAUCGUGAGCUUUUAUUACGUAAUAAAUUCUGAUUAUAUAAUAAACUCCUUGAGGCCAAGGAUCCUGUGAGAUACCACUUCCAUGUCUCCAGAGCAUUUAAUCUAUGGUACUGCAGAGUAAAUGAUGCUUAAUAAACACUGGCUGAUAGGCUAAACUCAGGAAAUGAACUGUGAUGAACAGUAGUUUAAUUCUCCAUGCAAUAAUGCCACACAGCUCAGUUGAUUGGAAAAUCAGUUUCCUGAAUCUGCCCUCAUGGAGGUUUGUACAGAAUGUUUGAGCCUGAGGCGGACUUGGAGCUUUGCUAAUGUCCUCAUUUUGUAGGAGGAAAUGAGGCCCAGAGGAAUUAUAUGAGCCUCACUGAACAUCCCACUUGUUAACAGCAGUGUUGUUGCCUCUGACACCUGCAGCUGGACUCUUCCUUCUGCCAUGACGUUCCUCAGAAGGUACAAACCCACCUCCACCCCCUUCCCUUCUUCCUGGUUUAAAAUUCAUGGUUUCAGGUAGAGAAAAGGGAAAGAACUUGUCAAGCUGGCUCCACCAGGAGGCUAAACAGGACACAUGGCUACAGAACAAGUUCAGGAUCUGUAUUUACCCAGCACUGUUCUGUGCCCAGCCUAGGUGAGGUAAGCUCUCUGGUCUUCAAGAACUUUCUGUCUAUUGUGGGAAGACAGAUGGACACGUUAAUAGUUAGAGGAUGGUCCUGCUGUGUAGGGUUAAAGAAUAAGUGAGUAGUUGGGUAGAACCAUUGGUGCUGGAGAAAGGAUGGGAUGUUUUCAACGCCAUAGGGCUUGGAUAUAAAGUUUGUGGACUGAGAAGACGGUGGAACAGCCAGGUUAGAAGAGCAUGACUGGGUUUGUACUUCACCCCGUGGGUGUUAAGUUUAGGAGAUUUCUGUGGAGGAUUGGAUGAGAUCCACGACUGACUGGAUUUGGGAAGACCAAUAUGGUAGUAACAGAGUGUGAGAGAGGCUGGCAGCAGGGAGAGCCCUGAGGAGGGCUUUCAGGAGAUGAAACUUUGGAGCCAGUGACAGCAGUGGAAAGAGAAAGAAAAAUGCAGGUGAAAGAAUGGUUUGCUCAGACCAAUACUUCUCAAAAAGCAACGAGAGAAUAAGGUCAGUGGGUUGCAAACAGGCAAACAUGCCUGACUGGUCCACAAGCUUCUGGGAGAAAAAGUCAUUUCUCCCAAAGGGGCUGUCAUUCAAAUCACCAUACAUGUCCUUCCUCUGCAGAUAAACUUGCUCAUGAACAUUGAGUUCUCUGACACAAAGGGAAAGUGAUGUUCCCAUGGAGAAGAC